GGUCCUCGCAGGGGCUCUCGCUCGGCGCUGAUCGCUGCGGGCUCCGCGCGGCCAUGGAGGCGGACGGCAGUCAGGCUACCUCGGGGAGCCCCGGCGAGGCGCAACACGACCCCGGCAAGAUGUUCAUCGGCGGCCUCAGCUGGCAAACCUCACCAGACAGCCUUAGAGACUAUUUUAGCAAAUUCGGAGAAAUUAGAGAGUGUAUGGUCAUGCGGGACCCCACCACCAAGCGCUCCAGAGGCUUCGGGUUCGUUACGUUCGCGGAUCCGGCGAGUGUAGACAAAGUCCUGGCUCAGCCCCACCACGAACUGGACUCCAAGACGAUUGACCCCAAAGUUGCAUUUCCCCGACGAGCACAGCCUAAGAUGGUCACAAGAACAAAGAAAAUAUUUGUAGGUGGAUUAUCGGCUAACACAGUAGUGGAAGACGUAAAGCAAUACUUUGAACAGUUUGGCAAGGUAGAGGACGCCAUGCUUAUGUUUGACAAGACCACCAACAGGCAUAGAGGAUUUGGCUUUGUAACUUUUGAAAAUGAAGACGUGGUGGAAAAAGUCUGUGAAAUUCAUUUCCACGAAAUCAAUAAUAAAAUGGUAGAAUGUAAGAAAGCACAACCUAAAGAAGUGAUGUUUCCACCAGGGACGAGAGGCAGGGCCCGUGGGCUGCCGUACACCAUGGACGCUUUCAUGCUGGGGAUGGGAAUGUUGGGUUACCCGAACUUUGUCGCAACGUAUGGCCGAGGCUAUCCUGGAUUUGCCCCCAGUUACAGCUAUCAGUUCCCAGGUUUCCCGGCAGCGGCUUAUGGACCAGUAGCAGCGGCAGCCGUGGCGGCAGCAAGAGGAUCAGGUAGGGGGGCCCGUGGAAGAGCAAACCCUCAGAGUGCAGGGUCAGGUUUUGUUUUACGUGCAAACAGACCUGUCUUGAAUAGCUACACUGCUCAACCGAAUUUUGGCGCACCCGCUUCCCCGGCAGGCUCCAACCCCGCCCGACCCGGAGGCUUCCCCGGGGCCAACAGCCCGGGGCCCGUCGCGGAUCUCUACGGCACGGCCAGCCAGGACUCCGGCGUGGGGAACUACAUAAGUGCUGCCAGCCCACAGCCCGGCUCCGGCUUCGGCCACGGCAUCGCCGGACCUUUGAUUGCAACGGCUUUUACAAAUGGAUACCAUUGAAACGUUACACAUGGUUGGUUGCCAUCUCACUUGGAGAGUCUCUCUGGAUGUCCAGGCAAGACGGGGCGAAGUUUCUGAGCAGUCCCACACUUGGGUGAUCCCAUCAGACUUUGAGCACUACAUCAUCACCAGUAACACAGCCAACUGGAGGUGGCACUCGAUGGACUUGGGUUGUUUAAAAAAAAAAAAAAAAAAAAAAAAAAAAAAAAAAAUCUCUCUCAUCAUCUCAUGAAUCUGCUGUACUAUAAAAACAACAGCUUUUAAAAGUAUGUAUAUAAACCCCA